AUGGCUUCUGUUGCGAUUGGUGUAUCCAUCGAUUCACCGCUAUCCGCGGCUGCUUGUCCACUGCGCCAGCCAUUGGAAUACAAGUCCAAAGUACCGAACUGGGGAAAACCAAGGUACACGCCAGCCGACGUCACGGUGGUCAUCCCUACCAUCCACAACCGUCUCUCGGAGCUGCGGCCCCAGCUCGAGAGCAUCUUGGCCUGCCGGCCAGCCAAGCUGGUGCUCGUGACUACGUGGAGCAAGUAUAAGGCGCUAGGUCGCGUGGCUGAGACGUUACAAAAUCCGGGCUCCACGGAAAUUGCAGUGCUACACGUGGACAAGGCAAACAAACGACUGCAAGUUUGCAAGGCGUUCGAGGACGACCAUGUCACCACGGCCAUCACUGUUAUGGCGGGCAACGAUGUGGAGUGGCCAUCCACCUUGAUGCUGUGGCUUCUGGCGCCUUUUGAAGAGAACAAUAUGGGCGGUGUCGGGACGUGCCAAAGGGUGAAGCGCCUCGUCGACGGAGAUAUCAUGACUCACAUCUUCAACUGGCUCGGCGCCGCCUACAAAGAGCGGCGGAACUUUGAGAUCUCGGCGACGCACAACAUCAACGGCGGGACAUCUUGCACACACCGCCACCCCCACCCCGUUGGCCUUCCUGAUCGACCCGCUCUUGCUGUUCUCGUGCUGGUGGGGUACGGAGAACUGGGAGCCCAGGAAUCGCCAGAGUUAAGCGACGCCAUUCAAACCAGAAUUACCAAAAGCGCGUGUUGGAGGAUACGCUGCUUUUGGCUGAGGAAGAUGUCAUGUGGAACCCCGCAACAGACCGACCACAGGGAAAAGGGGUUCAGGGAAAGCGACAGACUCUGGACCCAGAUCUACUCCGAGCGCUAUGCCUUUGACGCCGCUCCCCAGGAUGCGGACCACAUCAAGCUGCUCACCAAGAUAGAUAUGGUCAAGUUCUUUAAGGAGUACAUCCACCCCACCUCGCCGUCGAGAGCGAAGCUUGUCGUCUAUCUUGAGGCGAGCGGCGUGCCAACAAAGAAGAUUUCCGAAUUGAUCCGGACGCUGGGGCUCGACACCUUCUGCCAAGGCCGCCACUAA